UUAUGUUCCCGACAACUUGCUUACUACUGCUUGCGAUUGCGUUUUCGUCAUGCCAACAAAUGCGUCAACAUGAGACUGCCACGGGUGAUGGGUAUGCAACCAUUCGAAUUUCUGUGGGUUUAUUGGGAGAUGAUUUAACGGACGUAUGGCGCGGUGUAUAUGGCAGUGCAAAUGAGGUGAUGAAUAUUGUGGAGACGACCUGUUCGAAAGCCCAUGCGUGUUUGCAAUGGACGCACAGGCUACUUUACGGCCGAUUGGGACGAAGGGGGUACUCAUGCACCGGAUUUGAUCGAAUGAUCGAGGUUCGCGAACAAGAGCAUAGCUUACAGUGGCUUUGAUACUUACAUAAUUCGGAAGCAUUAGAAUGACUACAAUGUAGGCUGAACAUAGUCUAAUUGCCUUGCUGCUCCUCCCUUUGUAGCGAAUUGCUGCUUUUUCAAGGAAUGCAACGUGACCAAUUCGGUUUGCAAAAUGGAUUAUUUGUUUUGUAAAAGGUCGAAAGCUUUUUGCAAAUCAUUUUAUUUUGCAUGACAUCCAAUUUAAUCGAAUUUCCGCGAUAUAUAUCUGUUUGUAUAAGAAUAUGUAUAUGCUUUCCC